UUUAGUGACGUCACAGAGGAGCGCCAGGUUGGUUUCAGCGGCGACCUCACGAUGGAGCUCGAGCUCGUCUUUUGUCUGAGGCGGGUUGACCCCUGACCCCGCUGUCGUAGUCUCCUCUCAGGUAGACGGCAGCUGAUCAGCUGAUCGUGUGCCACGUGCUGCUGGGAUCGUUACUCCUGAUUGAUCCUUUCGUCACACCUGAGCCGACCCCGGACACGGAGUUUAGGAAGAACGCUAAACAAACAAACAACCUUUAUUUGUCACAUACACAAUUAUACAGGGUACAACAUGUAGUGAAAUUCUUGCGUCCGAGCUGCAGACGUAGCCGCGCUAUUCCCGCUCCUCCUCCUUUGAACAGCAGGCCACUCUUCUCUUUUCCUCACUGGGGUCAAGGAAAAGAGGUUAGGGGAGAGGAGAUGGUUUUGGAAGAUGCCCGAGGAGGAAUGCUGAGGGGCUCUUGGUUGUGGGAGGAGUUACCUACAGGUUGAGUGCUGAGGGAACCAGCUGAGAAGUUGUUUCCUCUGGACAGUGGACAGGAGACAAGGAGGCUUGAUGGAGAAAUGAGGAAGUAUAGGAAAGCAUUCAAAGGAAGAAUAGUAGGAGUUGCAGAGGUGAAGGAGUACAGUGAGGAAAAUAGAGAGCUGUGUGGUUACUCUCAGAGGAAAUGAUGUCACAGCUGAAUAAAAGCACCCUGAAUCCUCUCAGUGAGCCGUGGUUGUGAAUCGACAACACACGUCACAGAUGGAACCGUUCACACUGAGCUGCACUUUGGUGUGGAUGACGUGCCAAAGGCUGUAACUGCUGCAGUGUGCACGCUGUGUCGUUCUGUGGUGCAUUAUGGGUAAUCUCCGUCUCUCACUGAGCGCGCUCCUCUGACUGGCCAGCUCGGACAACAUCCACCUGUCUGACGCCACCUUAAACCAGCUGAAGGGCUCUAGAUGUGUCCUGGCUGUCGGUUGGAGCUGAUUGAGUCUUUCCGGGUGGAAGCCACAGGUGGGGGCCGUCCUCGGGCGCCGUGGUGGUGAUACGUGAAGCUCUGACUCGUUAUCGCGUUUUCUGCCGAUCGAUAAUGUUUCUGAUCGCUGUUACGGCCUGACGACUUGCGCACAUGCUCGCUAAUGAAGUCACAUGAUCUGAAGUCAGACCGACUGAACCAAUCAGACACACUCGCCGGACUGACAGACGAGCUUCUCUUCCUGGGGUGAGGAGAUGAUAUCACAGGUGAAGCACACCUGGUCGCUGUCACACGUGAGCGUGGACACUUUCAUAAUGAAUGAUGGCUGGGGCGCUCCGAGACACACAGGUGAUGUUGGAGCCGUUUCAAAAUGUGUUGUCUGAGCGGCGACACCUGUUGUUCAGGAGAAUACUGCAGCGGCUUCCUGCGCCCUGGCAGCGGGCGUAAAGCGAAGCAACCGGGUACACCGCCCCCACUGAAGCCUCGCCUGUGCCACAUCACAGGCGCUUCUGUCAUAAACUGACCUGCAGCAUCAAGCCAUCGCCUCCUCCUGCUGCUCCUCCCAUCAUGACACCUCCAUCAUCCCGUGAGAAGAAGAGGAGGCGCGCAGAGGGCGAGGAGUGUCCUGCUCCCAUCAACAUCGACACUCCUGAGAGAGGAGAGAAGGAGGAGGAGGAACUGUUCAGUCCUCCUGCUGAAGAGGGACGGGUGAGCAGGAAGGAGAAGAAAAAGAAGAGACAAGAGGAGGAUGAGGUGUUCAGCUCGCCUGCUGAAGAUGGACAGGUAAACGGGGAGGAGGAGGAGGAAAAUAGCAAGGGGGGGAAGAAGAAGAAGAAGAAGAAGAAGAAGAAGAAAAAUAAAAAUAAGAGAAGAGCGGAGGAAGAGGAGGUGUUCAGUUCUGCUUUUUCUUCUGCUGAAGAUGCACAUGUGAACGGGGAGGAGGAGGAGAAAGAGCAGAGGGGGAACAAACAGGAGGAAACCAGCGAGGCAGAGAAGAAGACAGAGGAGGAACUGGGUCCCUCUUCUCCUGGUCUGGGUGAACAGCUGAGCAGGAAGGAGAAGAAGAAAAAGAAGAAGAGGAGAGAAGAGAAGGAGGAAGAACUGUUGGCUCCUUCCUCGCCUCCAACUGGGGAUGAAAAGGUGAGCAGGGAGAAGAAAAGGAAGAAAAAACAGGAGGACAAAGAGCCAGAGAGGAGAGAGGAGGAAAAGGAGGUGUUCUGUUCUCCUGCUGAAGAUGGACAGGUGGGCAGAAAAGAGGAGAAGAGCAGCGAGGGAGGAAAGAAGAAAAAGAAAGCGGAAGUGACAUCACAGGAAAGGGAGCCUUACAGCGAGACUAAACAAAAGAAGAAGAGGGCGCGCAUGGCGAGUGUAACCACAGCAACAGCCAAUACACAUGUGUCGGUUCAAACAGUCAAGAACAGGUUGAAGGAGGAGAGGAAAAGUGAGAGUGUGCAGGAAGUGACAUCAUGUAAUGGAGAGAAGGGAACAAAGAAUGUAAAUCCUGCGAAGAGGCAGAGAGGCGCAGCGGGGGGUCGCGGGGAGGAGGCGGAGGAGAAGAAGAAGAGGAGAACGGAGGUGGCAGCCAAUCCUGAAGAGUUUGACCACAAGUUGUUGGAGGAACUUCAGGAAUUUGUUCCUGAUGUGAAGAAGAAAUCUGCUGAUCAGAUCAACAAGCUGCUGCGGUAUGACUUGGCACGCUUCAAGGCCUUCAAAAAGAAAGGUGUGUCUCUGCGGUGGGGGCGGUACUCUCAGCAUGAGAACCAGCAAAUCGAACAGAACGUGGCCGACUUCUUGGCUCUGACGGGCAUCAGCUCAGCGGAGCAGCUUCUGUUUCCUCACAGGUUCAAAGAGCAGGAGCUGGAGAUCAGGAGGCUGAAAGCACAGCAUCACUUCCUGGAGAACAUCGCUGAGGGGAUUCCUCGGACAUGUGAUCAAGUUUACGUCAGAGCCAAGAAGAUUUUUGAUGAAAGGAAUAACAUGGGAAGGUUUUCUGAGGAUGAGCUAUGCUCUCUCACAAAGUUGCAGAAGCUCCACGGCAACGACUGGAAGAGAAUCUCAGAGAAGAUGGACCGCAGCAUCUACUCGCUGGAGAAACGCUUUAACACCAUCGCUCAGGGUCGCGGUACCUGGACUGCAGAGGAAGAGUCCCGCCUUUGGCAGGCUGUCAGGGCUCACCUGGAGACGCUGGUCCAGCAGAGCCCUGCAGGUCUGAGCAGAAACCAGCUGUGCAACAACCUGCCCUGGAAGAGGAUCAGCGAGCAGGUGGAGACCCGGUCCUGGAUCCAGUGUCGUCUCAAGUGGUUCUCCUUGCUGAAGUCUAAGCUGUCCUCAAAGGGAAGAGUGUUCAACCGAGGCGCCGAGGGGUACGCCGCAAAAAUCCAGCUCAUCAACACGCUCUAUAACAUGCGUGUGGACGACGCAGCGGACAUCGACUGGGACGAGGUGGCUGGAAUCAUCGGGACUGUGACACCAAUGUGUGUUCAGAAGAUGUUUUACAGGUUGAAGGUUUCCAGAGUUCCAAACUGGCCGAGUUUGUCGUACGCAGAGAUCAUCGACUUCCUGCAGAGCAGAGUCAUCCCUGUCCUGGAGGAGAGACUGAAGAAGUGUGAGCCCAAGGAGGCGCAGGAGGAGGAGGAGAAGGAGAGACUUUAUCAGCUCUCUGACAUCUUCUCAGAGCUCAGUGACGACGUGGAGCUGGACAACAGCUGACCGGCAGCCAAUCAACAUGUGGUGUCCCCGUGGACAGACUUUAUAAAAACACAUUGAAAUCGGGACAGGGAGUGGGUUAAAAAAGACUUUUUUAUUUUGCAGGUGCCGAUGCUUUGUAACAUUGAAUAAAUUUGUUUUGGUA